GAAGUUUUGGAAUAAUGUAAGUACACAACUGAAUGAAAUACCACAGUGUUUUGGAUAUUUUAUUAGGGGAGGAUUCCUUUGAGAUAAUCAGCAAGUCGGUCAGAAUACAUCAACAACAUUUUUCUGAAGCAAUGUAGAAGCACGUCUGAUACUUAGCGCUAGCAUCUGAGAUGGUCUCAAUUGCCUGCAAAAUGUUUUGCUGCUGCUGAUGGCUCAGAUUGAUUCUGGGUUGGUCCACAACUACAGCUGGAAAAUGAUCUUCGUCGUCAUCAGUCACAGGGAAGUUGUCUAUGCCAUGUUGUGCCAAAAGCUCUUCUAGAGUGUGUGUGCUGUACGGAUCUUCACCAAAAACAUUGUUGAUGGCUCUGCAGUUUGCCUCCAUGUUGGAAAGCAUGCCUGCAGUCCAGAUUUGGACAGGAAAACAAUUUGCAGAGACAUCUUGUGUACGUCAUCAUCUGGAUCAAGAACCUCAGAAUCCUCCAGACUGUGGAACAAAUUGUAGAAGUACUGAAGCACAUGUAGGAAAACAUCUCUCCAAAGGCGCUCUAUGCGCUGAUUGUGAACAGAUUCUCCUGUUAUGUGACUCCUCCGUUCCACCCCUUGAACGAGAUUCAUGAAGAGGGCAAUUUGUGAAUUUUCCCCCCCAUGGUCAGAUCGCACUCGCGAAGGAAGCCCAUAAAGACAUGUUGCCUUCACAAACUGGGUCAGCACAGUGGAGGCACGGUUAUUUGUGUUGCAGCCCAGCUGUGGACGGACCAGCUCUGGAGGGACCAGCCAUGGACAGACCAGCUCUGGAUGCACCAGCUCUGGAGGGACCAGCCGUGGACGGACCAGCUCUGGAGGGACCAGCCAUGGACAGACCAGCUCUGGAUGCACCAGCUCUGGAGGGACCAGCCGUGGACGGACCAGCUCUGGAGGGACCAGCCAUGGACAGACCAGCUCUGGAUGCACCAGCUCUGGAGGGACCAGCCCAGCUCUGGAGGGACCAGCCGUGGACAGACCAGCUCUGGAGGGACCAGCCAUGGACAGACCAGCUCUGGAUGCACCAGCUCUGGAGGGACCAGCCGUGGACAGACCAGCUCUGGAGGGACCAGCCGUGGACAGACCAGCUCUGGAUGCACCAGCUCUGGAGGGACCAGCCAUGGACAGACCAGCUCUGGAGGGACCAGCCGUGGACGGACCAGCUCUGGAUGGACCAGCCGUGGACGGACCAGCCAUGGACAGACCAGCUCUGGAUGCACCAGCUCUGGAGGGACCAGCCCAGCUCUGGAGGGACCAGCUGUGGACAGACCAGCUCUGGAUGCACCAGCUCUGGAGGGACCAGCCGUGGACGGACCAGCUCUGGAUGCACCAGCUCUGGAGGGACCAGCCGUGGACAGACCAGCUCUGGAGGGACCAGCCAUGGACAGACCAGCUCUGGAUGCACCAGCUCUGGAGGGACCAGCCGUGGACAGACCAGCUCUGGAUGCACCAGCUCUGGAGGGACCAGCCGUGGACAAACCAGCUCUGGAGGGACCAGCCAUGGACAGACCAGCUCUGGAUGCACCAGCUCUGGAGGGACCAGCCGUGGACAAACCAGCUCUGGAGGGACCAGCCGUGGAUGGACCAGCUCUGGAGGGACCAGCCGUGAAGAUCAGUAG